AUGGAUAAUAAUGAUUGUGAUGAUAAUCGUGAUAGUCACGAUGAUGAUCCUGAUGAUCACGAUAGUGAUCCUGAUAGUGAUCAUGAUCAUAAUCAUGCUGGUAAUCAUGAUCGUGAUGAUGAUGUCGACCAUUAUCGUGAUCAUGAUAGUGAUCAUGAUUGUGAUUAUGAUGGUGAUCAUGAUCGUGAUUUUGAUGGUGAUCAUGGUGAUCAUCAUGGUGGUCACGAUUAUCAUAAUGAUCUUGAUGGUGAUCAUGAUGAUUACGACGAUGAUCAUGAUGGUCAUGAUGAUCUUGAUGAUCAUAAUGAUGAACGAGAUGAUUAUGAUAAUCAUAAUGGUGAUCAUGAUGAUCAUGAUGGUGAUUAUGUCAAUCAUAAUGAUGAUCACGAUGAUGAUUAUAAAUAUCACGAUAUUGAUUAUGAUGAUCAUGAUGUCAAUCAUGAUGAUCCUGAAGGCAAUGAUGAUGAUCAUGAUGGUGCUCAUGAAGAUCAUAAUGGUGAUCACGGUAAGCAUGAGAGUGAUCAUGAUGGCAUUCAUGAUAAUCAUAGUGAUGAUCAUCAUAGUGAUUACGAUGAUCGUGAUGUUGAUCAUGAUGAUCAUAAUAAUGAUCAUGAUCGUGAUGAUGAUCCUGAUCAUCACGAUGGUGAUCAUGAUGAUCAUGAUAGUGAUUAUGAUGUUGAUCCUGAUAGUGAUCAUGAUCAUAAUCAUGCUGGUAAUCAUGAUCGUGAUCAUGAUGGCGAUCAUUAUCCUGAUUAUGAUGGUGAUCAUGAUUGGGCUAAUGAUGGUAAUCAUUAUCGUGAUCAUGAUGGUGUUCAUGAUGAUUAUGAUGGUGAUCAUGACAAUCAUGGUGGUGAUCAUAGUGAUCAUCAUGGUGAUCACGAUCAUCAUAAUGAUCUUGAUGGUGAUUAG